AUGAGGCUUUUUGUGGUUUCAUGGAAUAUGAGCUCCAGAAUGGGUCCGCAGAAUAUUAAAGACCUAUUACUUCCCGAAUCCAUUUCAUUUGUUCCCGAUUUAUACGCCAUUGGCAUACAAGAGGGUCCUUCGGGUGACAUCAAUCAAUUGCAAAUCCAAAUGCAGGCCACUAUAGGCGCGAGUCAUGUAUUACUGCAUUCGAGUACAUUAGGAGUCCUUCAUUUAUCACUAUUCAUACGCCGGGAUCUCAUUUGGUAUUGCACUACACCUGACGACGCCUUCUUCAACAAUCGGCCGUCGGCUGCGAAUUUGGUGAAGACUAAGGGAGCGCUCGGCAUCUCAUUCGCACUCUUUGGCACUACAUUUCUCUUCAUUAACAGCCACUUAACGGCUCAUCAAAACAAAGUAAAGGAAAGAAUAGAAGAAUAUAUGAAAAUAAGCGAAGCGUUAAAUUUGCCAAAGAAUUUACGUCCACUGAAUCCACGAUAUAUGAGUCGAGACGUGACCGCGAGGUUUGACUGUGUCUUCUGGUUCGGAGACCUUAACUUUCGUUUAGAAAUCUCUGGACAGGAAAUGACAAACAUUAUUAAUAGACCCACAAAUGUAUUGAAUGUCUCGUUGGAUAAGUUUAAAGAGACGGAUCAGUUGACAAAUGUGAUGAGCAGAGGACUAGCAUUCAAAGGGUUCUAUGAGUCUUCGUCGCCCAGAUUUCCUCCGACUUAUAAAUUUAAAUACGGAUCCAAUGAUUACGAUCUCGUCAGCCAAAGAGUGCCCUCUUUUACCGACAGAAUCCUAUACCGAUCUAAACAGGUCUCUCAUAUAAGUCCUUUACUGUAUGAUUGGGUGCCGCAAAUGGAUUCAUCAGAUCAUAAGCCA